AGUAAGUCUGUACAUAAAUCGAGCUCCGUGAACAUCGAUCGCUGUUGCGUAUACGUUCCUGCAGUCAACUGUAGCGAACAGAGUUGAAAGGGCGCAGGUCGGAAACGAUAUUUAUUGGAACCUACAGGUUAUUACUGUUCUUUUUCAGGAAAACCUAGCCAUGUUCGGAUUUAAAAGUGGUGGUUCUAGGACUGUCACAACGAGCUAUUCCUCGGGAGGGGGCCCUGUGCAAACUACGACCAAGACCUUCAGAUAUGGAGGGGAUGGUCCCGGGAUGGAUAUUGGAUCUGGUGAGAAUGGCGGUACCGACAUCAACGUCGGAUUCGGCAACAAGUUUGGAGGAAUGGCGAAUUACAAAUUUAAUGUCGGUGGAGGAAGAGGGGGCUGUGGCAGAAGCAUUUCUCAACGGCCAAACGUUACCGGCAGAGCCACACGCAAGGAAAAGAAAAAUCCGUUUGCCGGUGUUCUGAAUCAGAAUUAUGACCAAAUCAAGGCCAAAUGUUUGGCUGAGGGAAUUCUUUUUGAGGAUCCUGAGUUUGAAGCCUGUGACAAUUCCAUCUUCUAUAGUAAGAAACCAAGUCGACCAUUCGAGUGGAAACGUCCUACGGAGAUUUGUGACAACCCCCAGUUCAUUGACCAACAUGGUGCUAGUAGAUUUGAUGUCCAGCAGGGAGAAUUGGGUGACUGCUGGCUUUUGGCUGCUACAGCUUCCUUGACCAUCAAUAAAACCUUAUUUGCACGCGUUGUGCCAACUGACCAGAACUUCACAGAUGACUAUUGUGGGCUGUUUCGCUUCCGUUUCUGGCACCAGGGAGAUUGGGUGGAGGUUUUGGUGGACGACAGGCUCCCAACCUACUACAACAAGCUCUCCUUCAUGCACUCUGCAGAGAAUAAUGAGUUCUGGAGUGCCCUGUUUGAGAAAGCUUAUGCCAAGUUACAGGGGUCCUACGAGUCCCUGAAGGGAGGUAGUACUUGUGAGGCCAUGGAAGACUUCACUGGCGGUGUCACAGAGAUGUUUGACCUGAGGAAGCCCGAGGACAAACUGCUCACCAUCAUGAUGAAGGCCAGUGAUCGAGGCUCUCUGAUGGGAUGUUCUAUUGAUGCUGACCCGUCCCAGUUGGAAGCUGUUCUAGAUAACGGGCUGGUGAUGGGACAUGCAUACAGUAUCACUGCUGUCAAGUUGGUGGACAUUAAGACACCCCGCACCAGUGGUCGUAUCCCCAUGGUGAGGGUUCGUAACCCCUGGGGAAACGAGGCAGAAUGGAAAGGAGCCUGGAGUGACGAGUCUGAGGAGUGGAGAUUCAUUCCAGAGGAAGAAAAGCAGAACCUUGGUCUUACAUUUGAUGAUGAUGGUGAAUUUUGGAUGUCAUUUUCUGACUGGAAACAAAACUUCCAGAAGCUUGAGAUCUGUAACUUGGGUCCAGACUCUCUAGAUGAAGAUGAGGUACAGAGUGGAGGCAAACGUUGGGAGUCCCAGACACAAUCAGGAGAAUGGAUCCCAAGGGUCAACGCGGGUGGCUGUAGGAACUAUCUGGAUACAUUCUGGACUAACCCUCAAUACAAAGUGACAUUGGUGGACCCUGACGAUGAUGAAGAUGACCUCUGUACCAUGCUGGUCGGAAUUCUGCAGAAGGACAGAAGGAAGCAGAGAAAGGAAGGACUGGACCUUCUAACCAUUGGUUAUGUCAUCUACAAGAUGAAGGAUGAUGCGGAAAGUGAUGGUCCCCUGGAUUUGAAGUUCUUCAAAUACAACGCAUCCACAGCCAAGUCUCCAUCCUUCAUCAACAUGCGUGAGAUCUGUGGCCGUCACAAACUGCCUCCUGGUACCUAUGUCAUCAUCCCGUCCACAUUUGAACCUCACCAGAAAGGAGAGUACCUUGUCAGGAUCUUCUCAGAAAAAGCAAACCAGACUGGGGAAAUGGACGAGGAGACUGGUAUGAUUGAGGAUCAGAUGUCGACUCCAGAGUCAGUGCCUGCGGUAGCCUGUGCCCCUCCCACACAUCAGUCAGCUGUCGAGAUACCAGUCGCAGCGUCUGAAGGCGAGGUCAAUGAACCAACACCAGUUCCUCCUGUCCCAGAGAGGACGGCCGCCAGAGGCAAUCGAAAGUUUCAUCAUUAUCCUCCUUCAUCAAGGUCAGGUCAUACAGCGCCAUCUAGUGCUAGGCGAAAGGCGCCGACUAGAAACUAUGACCAUAUGUCCCGGCGAGAAGCCUUAGAGGUUCUAUACAACGCUCUCAAUGAGGAGACGGAGCCUACAGAAGAAGAACAUGAACAGGAGGCAGCACUGAAGGGAAGUUUCCGUCGCGUGGCCGGAGACGACAUGGAAGUUGAUGCUUACGAACUGCAGGGCAUUCUCAACGCUGUCUUCACUAAAGCAUCAAAUGUUGAAAAUUUCAAGUUCUCUGGAUUCAGUUUAGAUUGUUGUCGCAGUAUGGUGGCCAUGCAUGACGGUGACUUGUCUGGCAAGCUUGGAUUUGAUGAAUUUAAGGACUUGUGGAAUGAUCUGAGGAAAUGGAAGGGUGUGUUCAAAGAAAGAGAUACUGACAAGAGUGGAUACCUGAGUUCAUAUGAACUAAGACAGGCUCUGCACCAGAGUGGUUUCAGACUGAGUAACAGGUCACUGAGUGCAUUGGUCAUGCGCUACUCCAACAAAGAGAGUCAGAUUGAGUUUGGAGAUUUCAUUGUAGCAGCAAUCCGUCUCAAGACCAUGCUUUCUUCCUACAAGUCGAGGUCGAAUGGGGACAUGGCUGCCUUUAGUGUUGAUGAUUUCAUCCAGACCACCAUGUACGCCUAAUGCCAACAAUUAAAAACUUGCCAAGGGAGAUUACUCUGAUGAAACAUUGGAUGUGUUGUCUCAUUUCUUGAUGGGAAAAAAGAGAGACUGUUGGCAACUUUAGCCUUCUUAUACAUGUAGCAUGUAGUGGAACAUUGUUUACAAAGACUCUAUAUUCUGAUGGUUAUCAGUGGACGCUGUGUUUGCUUGUUAUCAUAUCAAUGUUUUCAACGUCGUAAGAUAUAUUAAUCAUUGGUUAGUAAAGCUUUUGUAACAUAAAACAAAGGAGAUGUUGCUUUGGGAGAGUUCAAUUUUCAGAUCAAAUUUCUUUAUUAUCAGGGAAGUUAGAUGAUAAUCAGAAACUUCGGAACAAGUUAUUUUUGGGUGUAAGGUAAAAAAUCUAGGGAAACACUUCAGUGAUAUCCAUUCUUUCCUUAACAAACUUGAAAGUGAUUUUGUCAUUAUUUUUCUUUCAUAUAUACUCGUAAUUGAAAUAUUAACAUACAUGUAACAUUUUUAGAAUCUACAAUUUUUGUGUUCCUUAUAGUAUUUUCUAGGAUGUACAUAUACCAAUAUACACAAGCUUCCAGUUUCACCCUCUCACAUCUUCAUACAAGAUAUAACUAGAGAAAGGAAAGAAAAGCUGAUUUAUGUAAAACAUUAUGAACUAUGCUCAGUCCAUUGUGGUCCAGGCUCUACCUCUGUGCUAUUCCUUACAUUGUUAAAUUUCACUUGGUAAGGAGUUCCAAUGAAUCUCACCACCUCAUCUCUAACAGGUUUUCAUUAUUUUAAUGAAAUUAACAAAAAUGACAUAAUCUUAGCAGUUAAACUAUUUUCAUUUUAUGUUUACUUUGCUGAUCAAGUUGGUACAUUGUUUCUCUUUGUUUAUACGCCCCACAGUAUGACCAUCUCACCCCUGUUAUUGUGUACUUUCUCUGUCUUCGUAUCUAGUAUGAUUUUUAAUGAUUUUUAUAUAUAUUUAAUGGAUUAUGUAAUAUCCGUUCUUGAUAAUAAACGGUAGAUGCAAUCUUUAAAUGACACGCAAUAGACUCCAAUGAAACGGGUAUAGACACUGUCUGGUGUCUCAAAGGUCAAAUGAUGGUGUAUAGACACUGUCUGGUGUCUCAAAGGUCAAGUGAUGGUGUAUAGAAUGUGGUAGUCUUUCUACGAGACAAACACAUGUACAAUUGUAGGUGUUGAAACUGUGCCUGAUCUUUAUCGACUAUGUGAUUUCAUUGUUUUUCCAGUUUGUUGGUCUUUAAGAAGCUGCUGAUGAAGAUCUUUAAAUACAAUGUACAUUGAUAUGUAAAGCCUCUGAUUCUACGAUUUAACAGAACCUUGAGAUAAAUUUUACUUUUUUUUGUAUAUUCAUAAAGAAUAAAAUACCUAAGCACCAAUUUGAUGUCUUUUGUUAAGGGCUCGGUUAUAGAUUAGACUAUUUUGGUUUGUUGUAUGAUCAUUUCGAUGUAAGUGCUUUCAAUUGGUCUACAAUGUAAUCGGCUGUCUCCCUUUGUAUGUGUAAUGAAAAUAUCUUUGUGUGUGAUGAGCUGAAAUUAAUGAUUGUUUGUAUUUUUACAUCACCAAAUGGCUAGCACCAUACUGACUCUUUUUUUUCUAGCAGAUGUUGAUUUUUUACAGACUAAGGUUGUUAUAUAUGAAUUUAUAUAUUCACAUGUUCUAUGAAAUAACUGAUAUACAUUAAGUUUUAAGUGAUUAAAAUUAUAUAAUUUUCAAAUUAGAUCAUUUGAUUAUUCAUUGUAAUUGAAACUUGUUUUUUUUUAAAUAUUGUACAAGAAAUUUGACAUUAGAUUCUGCCAAUAUAUAUAAUCUUUUCUCAGUUUUGAAAUACAUGUGGAAAAUUAUUUAAAUGGUGGAAUGUUCUCAUUUGUCUUGUUCUUUAGUUGUCAGGAGAUGUCAAAAGGCAGGAAUCAUUGAUUUCUUGAAAGAUGACAUAUUUAAAAUAACAUCUCACUACUAUCAUGUACUUUUAAUUUUAGGUUUAACAGUACUGUAAAAAAAUAUAUUUAAAAAAAUGAAUGAAGUAAUAAGCUUUGAUUGACAAGUGAAUAUAAUCUUCUACAUAACAUGAAUAUUUUAAUUUGUAGAUCCUAUAUAGUUUGUUAUAUAUUAUAAUUAUUUAACACCCUAUUAGAUAUAUCUAUAUUGGUGAGGGUUUAGUAUUAACAAUCACUAAUAAUGCUACUGAUACAUUAAUCUCGUGGUCCGUUUUAGUUACCAUUACUAUUUACACUGUACGUGCUAAAUAUAUAUAUUUAUGAUUAGGUAGCUGUUUACAUGACUUCGUGAUUUUUGUUUCCCCCCAGUUAUUUACAUAUGUAUGUGUAUUUACUACGUAUAUUUGACCUCAUACUCACUUUUUCGUCCUGUGCCUUGAUUGGGCCUAGGUGUCCACCCUGGGCUGUAGAGGAGGCAUGAUGAUUUAAUAAACGAUCUUAACUCUA